UAUAUAUAUAUAUCAGUCUCUUCAAAGCCUUCCGAUAAUAAUAUUUUUGAGAACUAAAAAAUGGCCGCGCACAAUCUCGCUGUGAUUCUCAAGAACCCCCAAAACGACACAGAAUUUCUCCUCACGGAGCAAACCCCUCCCGCCAAAUUUGGAGAGGAAGAGUACGACUCAUACGUGGAUUCCGAUCUCUGGGACUUGCCGUCGACGCAACUGAACUCUUUGGAAGCAGAAUCUGAGUCCGGGAUCGUCUUCGAAGCCGUGGAGUUGUGCCCACCGAAGAUCAAUUUGAAGAAGUUUGACUUUGAAUUGGCUCUGAAUCGGGUCUUGGGGCAUGCAGGGCUCGGAGCUGGUGAUGCGGGAGAGUGGAGGUUUUGGAAAUAUGUGGAGGAACCUGAGUUUGGACCUGGAUUGCCACUUAAUACAAUAUUUAUAAUGGGCAAAUUGGUUUCUGCGGAUCAAAAUUUACCAGAACAAUGUAAGUGGAUGUCAAUCUGGAGUUGUCAAACUUUGCUUCUGGAUGUGAAACCAAAUAACAGUCGCAUUGGACUUCUGGUUGUUGUUGGUCUUAUAAGUGAUUCGAUGCAAUCCACAACAUGGAAAGUCCCAUCCACGUUGCAGUACCAGGAGUACCCUCCUGGUGUUGUACUUGUACCUUUGCACAGUAGGACAGCAAAGCCCUUUCAUACGACAAACUUAAUUAUAUUUGCACGUGAGAAUGUUUCAGAUGAAUGUGAAGGCAGUGGUUUUGUUACUUGUGGGGAUGCAUUGAUAGUCGAUCCAGGAUGCCAUCCACAAUCCUCUGGAGAGCUCAAAAAAAUUAUUUCCGCAUUGCCGAGAAAGUUAGUUGUCUUUGUGACCCAUCACCACGGUGACCAUGUUGAUGGUCUUUCUAUCAUACAAAAAUGCAAUCCUGAUGCAACGCUUCUAGCACAUGAAAAUACAAUGCGGCGCAUUGGAAAAGAUGACUGGUCUCUAGGUUAUACCUCAGUAUCUGGAUCAGAACAAAUUUGCAUCGGUGGUCAAACACUGCGGGUCAUUUUUGCUCCGGGACAUACAGAUGGCCAUGUGGGGCUGCUUCAUGUCAAGACUCAUUCACUGAUUGUUGGAGAUCAUUGUGUGGGUCAAGGAAGUGCAGUCUUGGACAGUACUUCUGGUGGAAACAUGAGUGACUACUUCCAAUCAACUUACAGAUUUAUGGAGCUUUCCCCACACGUGUUGAUUCCUAUGCAUGGAAGGGUCAACAUGUGGCCGAAGCACAUGCUUUGCGGAUAUCUUAAGAACCGCAGGAGUAGAGAGGCAUCCAUUUUGAAAGCCAUAGAAAAUGGAGCACAAACAUUGUUUGAGAUAGUUGCUGAUGUGUAUUCCAAUGUAGAUAGGAGUUUCUGGAUCCCUGCUGCAUCGAAUGUGAGACUUCACAUGGAUCACUUGGCUCAGCAAGAUAAAUUACCAAAGGAAUUUUCUAUUUUGAGGUUCCAACGAAGUUCUGGACUGUAUUUCCUGUCCAGAUGGUUGUGUUCAUAUAUUUGGAGUCGGUUGUCAUCGAGGAACCAGAAAUCGGGUACAGCUAAAUUAUUCAUUGCGGGGGCAGUGGCUGGCUGCUUUGCUGUAACCUGUAGGGUACUCCGUUAAAACUUAAAACUCAGGCUUAAGUCUAGAUAGGACAGGUAAGGUUUCGCAUUUGGGACCUGAGGAUAAAGUGAGUUUCAAUAUGUGUCGCUUAACCACUCUGUCUCAAUGUACAGGGGAGCUUAUGAGUUAUGAUGUUGCACCUGAAGAGUUGCAAUGGCAGUAAAAUGUGUUUUGGGCUCUCUAAUAGUAGGGCCCACGGUGUUGUUAGCUCGAAUCAACCCUCAAGUAAAUUCAAUACC